CAUAGCAAGUUUGUAUACUCUUAAGAACGACUUAGGUGAUUGUUGCCACAUCCAGAAAAGUAAAGUUAUUCUUCUUUUUCUUUUGUUUUUCUCCAGCCGCCGCGCAGACACACAUGACAUUAAGCUCAGCUAACGCAACCCGCUAGCGUCACGGUAGUUCUCAAAAUGUCUGCCAAGGAAUCUGUGGCAUGCUGAACAUUACAGAGACAACUAAAAAUACACGAAGGCCGUCUGCAGACGAUUAAACUAACAGCAGACUGGAUGUGACCUUGUGACCCCUGGUUGCCAGGGAGAAAUCAGCAUGGCCAUGGCCACAGGGGCUACCGCUGGGGAGAGCCAACUCCAGAGGAUUAUCCGAGAUCUGCAUGAUGCUGUUGCAGAGCUUGCAAAGGAGUACAGGGAAAGUGGGGAGCCAAUCACAGAUGACAGUACCAACCUGCACAAAUUCUCUUAUAAGCUGGAGUACUUGCUACAGUUUGACCAGAAGGAGAAGAGCACUUUUCUUGGUACAAAGAAGGACUACUGGGAAUAUUUCAGUGACUGUCUGGCAAAAAUCAAAGGGGCAAAUGAUGGGAUCCGCUUUGUCAAAUCCAUCACUGAACUGAAGACAUCUCUGGGGAAGGGACGAGCUUUCAUUCGCUACUCCCUUGUACAUCAGCGACUGGCGGACACGCUGCAGCAGUGCCUGAUGAACCAGAGAGUCACCAGUGACUGGUACUAUGCAAGAAGCCCCUUCCUGAAGCCUCAUCUUAGUGUUGACAUCAUCAAUCACCUGUAUGAACUCAAUGAGGUACAGUUUGAUGUGGCCUCCAGAGGACAUGAUCUUGAUUCCUCCUGGCCCACUUUUGCAAGGAGGACACUGGGAAGUGGAAACUCACCGGGCCACAUGUGGAAGCCACCAAGUCGCAGUUCCAGCAUUAACAGUCUGGCCAGCACCUACUCCCAGCAAGCACCUGAGUUUCCCUCCAGCCCCGACUAUGGUCAGAGUCUGCUAAAUGACCUGAAUGAUUCCCUGCCUACGUGCACUGAAGAUGUCAGCACAGUUGAAGACCUUCGUCUUGAACUUGACCAGUCUGAGCUGAAGCAGCGAGAACUCCUCGAUAAGGUGCAGCAGCUUGGAGAGGAGGGAGCUGAGCUCAGGGGUGUAGUUGUGGAGCUCCAGAGGCAACUGGAUGUAUCGCUUUCUGCCCAAGAGGAGCAACAGGGCUUGCAGGGAGAGCUCAUGGCUCUGCGAGGGAGAGAGGAGGCCCUUUCCAGAGAGGUGGAAACACUUAGGACUAGGGACAAAACCACAGAGGCUGAACAACGCCUGCUUCAUGAAAAAUUAGCUGCUGCUGAAGGGAAGAAUAUAGAGUUCAUGGCCAAGUUGGACGGGGUUCUUAAUGAGAAGGGCCAGCAGGCAGCCAGCUACUUUGACUCAGCACAAAAGAUACAUGAGUUGCUGGACAGAUUGAAAGAGGCAGAGAAAGGAAAGAUGGAAGCUGCUGCUGAGGUAGAGGAGAAAAAGAGGCUGGCAGAAAGACUUGAGGAAGAGCUGAGAUUCAAGGAGGCAGCUGCAAAGGAUGGUGAGAUAAAACUUGGAGCAUUAAUUGCAUCUGCAUCUGAGGAGAAGGCCACAUUUAUGGCGAAAGUUGAACAACAGUGUAGUGCAGUUGACAAGCUACAGGGGGCAUUGACAUUAAGAGAGAAGGAGGCAAGCAACCUAAAUAGGCAGCUGCAAGAUCUGCAAAGAUCUUUAGAGGAGAGAGAGAAAGAGGUGGAGGUUGUAAAGAGGAUGGCGCAAGAAUAUAAAGAUGAAAUGCACAAGAAUGUCGGCGACUUAAAAAAGAAGCUAGAAACAGAAGUCGAAAAGAAGGAAGCAGAGCUGACUUCAACCUGUGAGACACUGCAACAGCUUGAAGCCAAGAACCAAAAGCUGAACACAGAAAGGGAGAAACUGACAUGCAGCCUUGCUGAGCUGGAGGGAAGCAUCAAAGAACAGACCGCAAAGAUAGAAGAUUAUAAGACACAAUGUACCAAUUUAAUGGAGCUGAAUGAGAAGCUGCUGACCAGGGUGAAGAGAAAUGAGGAGUUGAAGAAGGAGAUGGCAGACAACAGAGCAGUGCUUGAAGCAGAGUUAGCAGCUCUAAGGGCCUCUGAGAAACAGCUUCGCGGACAGCUGGACGAUACCAAGAUGACAGUGGAUGAAAAAGAGAAGAUGUUGCGUGAGGAGAACCGCAAGUUGGAUGAGAGUCUGCAGCGAACCACCAUGGCCGCAAAGCUCUCAGAGACCACGUCAAAGCGGCUUGAGCAGGAGAACCAGAGUCUGAGAGAAGAGCAGGACACUGUGAAAGCAGCUCUUGGUCGCAUGCAAGCAGACCUGAAGAGUGUUCAUGGGCAGAUCGGAGAGUUGGAGAAGAAUUUAGGAGCUUCACGCAAGAAUGAAGCCAGUCUUCAAGAAGAAGUUCAAAACAAAGAGAACCUGCUAGUAAGUAAAGAGAGGAACCUUGUUGAGCUCCAGUCCAGGUUAACAGCUCUGGAGGCCAGGGAGAAGGAGCUUGAGAUGGCCAAAACUGAUGCAGAAGCAACCUGUGCUAGACAGACUGAAAUGAUCGAGAGGGUGACGUGUGAGAAGCAGGCGAUGGAGAAAUCUCAACUGGAGAGGAGCGCUGUUCAAGUUAAGGAGAACCAGGAGGUGACAGGCAAGCUGACUGUGUUUGAGGGCCAGUUGGAGGUGACCAUGAAAGAAGUUUCCAGGCUCCAGGCAGAGAUCCUGGACCUCAGGGUGCAGGUACAGAGGUCUGAGGAGGAAAAGCUUAAAUCCCAAGCACUGCUGGAGGUGACAGAAGCCCAAAGAGAUGAACUCAGGACUCUGACCGAGCAGCUUAAAACUCAGACAGAAGCACUGAACCAGAAGCAUGUAACAGAGCUGAUGGAGUGCAAAAAGAAAGAAGAGACUCUGAUCGAACAACGCGAUAGAGAAGUAGCUGCCAACGCCGAACUGGCGAUCUCUGCAGCUGCAGUCCGAGAAGAACUGUCCACGCUCAAGGCACGAAACGAGAGGCUGGUCGUAGAGAACAGUGAGACACGUGAGGGUCUGCACAGGGCAAACACGGAGAUGGCAGAGCUGGGGAUGACCAUCUGCAAGCUGAGUGCUGAGAAAGAAGAGGCCAGAAAGCACUGCACAGGUGACGCUGCCAUGAUUGUAGAGCUGGAGAAAAAGGUGGAGCUGCUAGAAGAUUGCAUGACGGAACUGCGACUGGAGAAUAACAGAGUAAGGGAGGAGCUGUCGCAGAAGGAGGUGCUUCCAGGGACUAUCAUUGAGCUCCAGGGGCAGCUUGAAAAGGCCAAGAACCAAGUACAGAGUGUCAGGGACUCAAGCAGAGAGGAAACUGAUGCCGUAAAGUUCCAGAUGAGCUCAGAGAGCAUGAAUCAUCAGGGCCAGAUGAAGAGUAUGAAUGAAAAGCUGGACAAGGUGAAAACUCAGCUGCAGGAGGAGCUGAAGAACGUGUGCAGCUUGCAAGCCAAAGUAUCUGAAUUAGAGACUGAGAACAAGCAGUUCCUGGUACUGACUGGUGAGAAAGAUGCUCACAUCACAAAGACAGAAGCAACCAUUCGUCAGAGUGAAAGCGAGAUUCAGCAACUGAGAGACGCAGUGAGCAAAGCUGAAGAUGCACACUUUUCUGCUCAGAAGGUUUGCGAGGAACUUAAGGAAAAACUCAACGCAAUGCACUCCGACCAGCAAAGCCAAAACCUGAAGAUGACUGCAGAGAUUGACGACCUCAACAGAACCAAGGCUAACCUUGAAGAGCGGCUCAUCGAGCUUAUCCGGGACAAAGAUGCUCUGUGGCAGAAGUCGGACGCUCUGGAGUUUGAGCAGAAACUGCGAGCAGAGGAGCGCUGGUGGUUGGAUAAAGAGGCGACUCACUGCCUCGGCUGCAAGGGCCAGUUCACCUGGUGGCUGCGCAGACAUCACUGCAGGCUCUGCGGUCGCAUCUUCUGCUACUACUGCAGCAACAACUUUGCAAUGACCAAGCACAGCGGUAGGAAGGAGCGCUGCUGCAGGGAGUGUUACACCCAACACAGUGCGGUGGUGGAGAGAUUCACUGAGGCAGAGCUGAGUCCUUCAGAUAUCCAGCCUCCUCCACCUGGAGCUGGACCCCAACCGUCUCCUGAACCAGCUCCGUACAAACCCACCCCCAGGGUAACAGUUUCUGAUCCCAGCAACAGAUCUGACGAUGGAGCUUAUGACAUCAUCACCGAAGAAGAAGUGAAUGGCGUCUACGACAGCGACACCACCUCCCAGACCACAGCAGGCUCUCUGGAUGGAGAACAAGACCGACGUCCUCCGGGAUCACUGGAUAUAGGAACAGGAGAUUUGACACCUGAUGACCCUGAAGAGCACGUCCCCACGGUUCAGGAUUCAGAGAUCAACCUCCUCAGAUCGGGAGAAGUGACUAUGGCCGUUCCCCUCAGCAUUGAUGCUAUUUCUCAGUUUGGUGACGGCUCUCGGGAACUCUUCAUCAAGUCCAGCUGUUACAGUGUGAUAACCGUAGCUGUGGACGACUGCGGACCGACCAUCAGCUGGAUGUUUUCCUCUGAGCCCAAAAGCAUCUCCUUCAGUGUGGUUUACCGGGAAUCUACUGACACGCAGGUGGAACAGUCGAAGGUCCUGAUUGCUCUGACUCGCUGCAAUUCUCAUAAAGAGACAAUUCAGGGGCAACUGAAAGUCCGACACCCCGGCCUCUACUCACUCAUCUUUGACAACUCCUUCUCACGGUUCAUCUCGAAGAAAGUCUUUUACCAUCUGACCAUGGAGAAACCGGUAAUCUAUGACGGAAGCGACUUUCCCUGAUGCUGGAUGACGCAUGCUGCCACAGAGGGGUCAUUAUGAUGUCACCGUGGCAUUGAGUGAAGAGAUGGUGAUCAAUAACUGUUUGUCAUUCAUUUGACUUUUACCCAAAACCUGCUUUUACCCAAGUAUUAUCAGCAUCUUUCAACGUUUCUAUUUAAUUUAACUCUGUGGUGUGGAUGUAUUGAGGUGUGCUCGUGUUUUAACUGUAUGUUAAGUGAAGUGUAGUCAACAACAUGAAAGAGAAACAGAAAGACAAGUGUCUGUGCAAGUUUUAUCAUCAAGUUGUUUAAUAUACACCAAGUAAUGUACAAAACUUAAGUUCAGCCAAGUUUAAAUUAAGUUGCUCAAUUAGAGAAACUGUCAUUUUGUUUUAUUUUCUGUAAUGUUUCUCUGUCUUAGUAAUGAUUUGGCUUCUCUUUUCCCAAAUAAGCUGUUACAUAAGGGAAGGCAGAUCGCUGAAAGUAACACAGACAAUGGGAAAUCUGAUAUAAAACUUGUCUAUGAAGACCCAGGAGUGUCUCUAAUGGCCAGUUUAAAAUGUGUUUGACAAUGUUUUAAAUCAAAUGGCCAAAGGAAGAAAAAGAAAAAUAAGUGCAGAGAUCUGGUUUGCUCGCUGGUUUUUAAUUAAUUUAAUUGUCUGAAAAUAUUUGCACUGUGCCAGUGAAGGAAGGAAACAAAGCAACUGGCUAAUAAUAACUGGCCUGAAAAAAAAGCACAGUAUCUGCUUGAAAACAAAGCAUUAUGCACUUUGUGCAAAUCUCAGGAGGGAGACACAACGUUGUCCUUAUAGCAUUUCCUCAUUUUAUAUUUUUAGAAAGCUAAAAAAGGCAAUUGAAGAAAAUCUUGACAGAUAUUAAGAAUGUUUUGAUAUCUGACCUGAACACCAACUCUCUUACCUAGUGAAGUAGAGUGCCUGUGCUUACUGGGGACAGACUGACUGUGUGUCAUUACAAUGACACACUCUUUAAAUAUAUAAACUCACUAAUGAGCUACUGUUUUUAUAAAGUGCCUUUUAACUUUAAUCACCAGAACUUAGUUUUUCUUUCAUAGCUAGAUAUUUGACUCUCUAUCCUCACAGAACAUGAUUUAUUCUUAAAAACCUAAUUCUUCUCACUUUAAAAUCACAAUAUAACAUGCCUAACAUCAUAUAUUUCAGUUGUAUUGUUUUCAUUAUAAUCUCUGGAAUCGUUUGGUCUCAUGUCUCUGUAACCCUCUGGCUUCUCUUGUACUCUCAGUGAUGAAAUGUGUUGAAAUAUUUUCUGCAGUUUAUUGUUUUUUUUUAAAACACAAAUCAAAAAAAUAAGCCUGAUCACGUUUGGACACAACAUAACAUUCAUUGAAGCGCUCGAUGCUGCUUUUACAGAGAUCUUCUUGUUGUCCAACAGUCAGAUCUCUGAUAUUUCUUUUUGAUAUUUUGUAAAUUGGUGCAAUUUCUAUGCAAAGCCUCAUAUUUUCUCUGCAGUGCUCCAAUUUGUGAUAAUUACUUUAUACUUUGUUACGAACAAUAUGAAAUCUGUUAAGUUUACAUUAUCACACAGUGACAGAUGUUUGUACUUGCUCUAACUUCUAGUGGAAUAAAUCUGUGCAUUAUCACUCGA